AUGGCUCUCAGAAGGCCAGCAGCACCCACACCCCGGGGCAAUGCUGAGGUGCAGCUUGAGCCUGCCCAGGACUCCAGCCACAGCCAUCAAGAGGCAUCCCAGGUGACAGAUGAUGCUAGAAGGGUGAUGGGAGGCCAGGUGGCUGAAGCCCCGGACCUCUUGGCCAUGUCUUCCUGGGAAAGGCGGCUCCAUCGGGCCAAAUGUGCACCAUCUUAUUUGUUUUCUUGCUUCAAUGGGGGAGAAUGUGUGCACCCGGCCUACUGUGACUGCAGGCGCUUCAACGCCACUGGGCCACGCUGCCAGAUGGUGUUCAAUGCUGGUCCUGAGCGGGACAGCAUCUGCCGGACAUGGGGACAGCACCAUGUGGAGACGUUCGAUGGCCUCUACUACUAUCUCUCUGGGAAGGGCAGCUACACGCUGGUGGGGCGCCACAAACCAGAGGGGCAGACCUUCUCAGUCCAGGUGCACAAUGACCCGCAGUGCGGCUCCUUCCCCUACACCUGCUCCAGGUCUGUCAGCCUCUUCUUCACGGGGGAGCAGGAGAUUCAUCUGGCCAAGGAGGUCACCCAUGGAGGCGAGCUGCUCCAGCUGCCGCGUGUGGUGGGAAGCCUGCGUCUGCAGCGGCUGGCCGGCUACGUCAUGGUACGGCAUCAGUCGGCCUUCACGCUGGCCUGGGAUGGCACCUCGGCUAUCUACAUCAAGAUGAGCCCAGAGUUCCUGGGCUGGACCCAUGGGCUGUGUGGGAACAAUAAUGCCGAUCCUCAGGACGACUUGGUGACCAGCUAUGGAAAGCUGACAGAUGAUGUGGCUGAGUUCGUGCACAGCUGGCAGGAGCAGGCCCCCAAUCAACCUCUGGGGCCUACGACCUCCUCCCUACCUCGCCCACCUUGCCUGCAGCAAAGCCCAGGAACCAUGCAGGGUGUGUAUGAGAGGUGUGAGGUACUGCUGCGGCCCCCAUUUGAUGCCUGCCACGCCUACGUCAGCCCUCUGCCCUUCACGGCCAGCUGUACCAGUGAUCUCUGCCAAUCAGUGGGCGAUGAAGCCACCUGGUGCCGGGCACUGGCAGAGUAUGCCCGUGCAUGCGCUCAGGCAGGGCAGCCCCUGCAGGGCUGGAGGACCCAGCUCUGGCAAUGCGCCGUGCACUGCAAAGAGAAGGCCUUUACCUACAACGAAUGUAUUGCCUGCUGCCCCGCUUCCUGCCAGCCCCGGACGUCCUGUGUGGACAGUGAGAUUGCCUGUGUGGACGGCUGCUACUGCCCUGAUGGGCUGAUCUUUGAGGAUGGGGGCUGCGUGGCACCAGCUGAGUGUCCCUGUGAGUUCCAUGGAACCCUGUACCCGACUGGCUCUGUGGUGAAGGAAGACUGCAAUGCCUGCACAUGCACUGCAGGCAAGUGGGUGUGCAGCACAUCUGUCUGCCCAGGUGAAUGCUCGGUGACUGGAGACAUCCACUUCACAACCUUUGAUGGCCGCCGGUACACGUUUCCUGCCACAUGUCAGUACAUCCUAGCCAAGAGCCGCUCAUCAGGCACCUUCACCGUGACCCUGCAGAACGCCCCAUGCGGCCUGAACCAGGAUGGAGUCUGUGUUCAGUCAGUAUCAGUGAUUCUGCACCAGGACCCUCGGAGGCAGGUGACCCUGACUCAAGCUGGAGAUGUCCUUCUGUUUGACCAGUACAAGGUCACCCCGCCCUAUACGGAUGAUGCCUUUGAGAUCAGGAGGCUGUCCUCCGUGUUCCUGCGGGUGAGGACCAACGUGGGCGUGCGGGUGCUGUACGACCAUGAAGGCCUUCGCCUCUACCUGCAGGUGGACCAGCGGUGGGCGGAGGAUACUGUGGGCCUCUGUGGCACCUUCAACGGCAACACGCAGGACGACUUCCUGUCUCCGGUGGGUGUGCCAGAGAGCACCCCACAACUCUUUGGCAAUUCUUGGAAAACACUGUCCGCUUGCUCCCCACUGGUCUCUGGCUCCCCACUGGACCCCUGUGAUGUGCACCCGCAAACAGCCUCCUACGCGGUGCAGUCCUGCAGCGUGCUCACCGGGGAGCUGUUCGCGCCCUGCUCUGCGUACCUGAGCCCUGUGCCCUACUUUGAGCAGUGCCGCCGGGACGCCUGCCGCUGUGGACAGCCCUGCCUGUGUGCCACCCUGGCCCACUAUGCCCGCCUGUGCCGGCGCCACGGGCUCCCUGUCAACUUCCGCGCCCACCUGCCAGCCUGCGCACUGUCCUGUGAGACCACCAAGGUCUACAGCCCCUGUGUGACCCCAUGUGGACAGACCUGCCAGGACCUGGCCAAUCCCGAGGCCUGUGGGGUGGAUGGCAGCAGUGACCUCGGUGGGGAUGAGUGUGUGGAAGGCUGUGCCUGCCCACCAGACACCUACCUGGACAUCCAGGCUGAACUCUGUGUCCCCAGGAACCAGUGCUCCUGCCACUUCCAGGGAGUGGACUACCCAGCUGGGGACAGUGACAUCCCAUCUUUGGGCUACUGCCACUGCAAAGAUGGAGUCAUGAGCUGUGAGAGCAGAGCCCCACAGACUGCCUGCCCAGCGGGCCAGGUCUUUGUCAACUGCAGUGAUACGCGCACGGACCCUGAACUGAGCAGAGAGAGGACGUGUGAGCAGCAGCUGCUGAACCUCAGUGUGGCAGCCCGGGGCCCCUGCCUGUCCGGCUGUGCCUGUCCCCAGGGCCUGCUCAGACAUGGGGAUGCAUGUUUCUUGCCAGAGGAAUGCCCAUGUGCUUGGAAGGGGAAAGAGUAUUUCCCUGGAGACCAGGUCAUGUCUCCCUGCCAUACUUGCAUCUGCCAACAAGGCUCCUUCCAGUGCGCUCUGCACCCCUGUGCCUCCACUUGCACAGUCUACGGCGACCGGCAUUACCGCACAUUUGAUGGGCUCCCGUUUGACUUUGUGGGGGCGUGCAAAGUGCAUCUCAUCAAGAGCACAUCAAAUUUCAGCUUCUCUGUGAUUGUAGAAAAUGUAAACUGCUAUAGUUCUGGCAUCACCUGCAGGAAAUUUAUUUCCAUCAAUGUUGGCAACUCACUCAUCAUCUUUGAGGACGACUCGGGAAAUCCUAGUCCCGAGAGCUUCCUGGAUGAGAAGCAGGAGGUUCACACGUGGAGAGCAGGGUUUUUCACGCUGGUGCAUUUCCCACGGGAGCACAUCACCCUCUUAUGGGACCAGAGAACCACAGUGCACAUCCAGACCGGGCCACAGUGGCAGGGCCAGCUGGCAGGACUCUGUGGGAACUUCGAUUUAAAAACCAUCAAUGAGAUGAGGACCCCGGAGAACCUUGAGUUAACUAACCCCCAGGAGUUUGGCAGCAGUUGGGCUGCAGUCGAGUGCCCCGACACCCUCGACCCCCGGGACACGUGUGUCCUAAAUCCUCUCCGAGAACCAUUUGCCAAAAGAGAGUGCAGCAUCCUGCUCAGUGAGGUGUUCGAGAUCUGCCACCCUGUGGUCGACGUCACUUGGUUUUACUCAAACUGCCUGACGGACACAUGUGGGUGCAGCCGGGGCGGCGACUGUGAGUGCUUCUGUGCCAGCGUGUCUGCCUAUGCCCACCAGUGCUGCCAGCACGGGCUGGCCGUUGACUGGCGGACCCCACGCCUCUGCCCAUAUGACUGUGACUUCUUUAACAAAGCACUAGGAAAGGGUCCCUACCAGCUGGCCAGCUUGGCGGCCGGUGGUGCCCGAGUGGCCGUGAAGGUGCCCAGUGGCUCCAUAGCCCUGGUAAGCACAGGCCACAUGGACCCUGGAGACCUGGUGAACUUCCUGCUGACAGCUGCACUGUACAGAGCCAAGGCCCACGACCCAGAUGUGGUGUCCCUGGAGGCAGCAGACAGACCCAACUUCUUCCUCCAUGUCACAGCCAAUGGGUCGCUGGAGCUGGCUAAGUGGCAGCCCAGCGAUGACUUUCAUCACCAUGCCUCCUUCGCUCUGCACCGGGGGACGUGGCAGGAGGGCCUGGUGGCCCUGGAGUCCCUGGCAGUGCCCGGGUCCUUCCUCCACGUGUCGGGCCUCGUGCCGGCCCUGCGGCUGUAUCAACACACAGAGGCGUUCCGCCGGGCCACGCUCUUCCGCCUCCUGGAUGCCAAGUCUUCAGGAGCUGCCUACCCAACCUGCGAGUGGCACUACGACGCCUGUGCCAGCCCCUGUUUCCAAACCUGCCGUGACCCACAGGCAGCCAGCUGCCAGGAUGUGCCCAGGGUGGAAGGCUGUGUGCCUGCGUGCCCCUCCCCCAAGGUCCUGGAUGAAGUCACACAGAGAUGCGUCUACUUGGAAGACUGUGUGGAACCUGCCAUUUUGGUUCCCACAGAGGCCCUUGGCAAUGAGACCCUGCCUUCCAGUCAAGAGCUGCCCACCCCCAGUGACAAGGAACUGCGAUUUCCACAGGAAACUUAUGGGCCAGCACUCACUGCAGCUGCCUCACUUGCCACAGCCCUGAACCCACCUGUUGCCACUGAGGGGGCAACACUGUCUCCAGGCCCUGCCCAGGCCACUCUGCAGCAGCCGCUGGGGGUCACUUCAUCUCACCUCCUUGCCCUCCCCACAGAGGCCCAGGCCAGCAAGGGAGCAACUGCCAGCCAGCUGGCCGUCCAAACCCCAGAGUCUUCCUCCUUCCCCUUUUCUAGGAAGACCCCCACACCUGGGAUGGGAUUAGGUGCCAUGGAGACAACCAGGGUUACUAUGACCUUUGAAGGGAGCCCCAACAUCACAGUCUCCUCCCGGUCACCCUCUGUACCUCGAGUCCCACUCUUAACCAAAGCAGUGACAGUCCAAGGCCCUGGCUCCUUGCCUGUUAAGACGACACCUCUCCGGUCCUUCCCAAGCCUGGAGGUGCCCACAAUCACCUCCUCCAAGCCUGUGGCUUCCCCUGGAGUGACUUCUAGGCCCCCCACUUCCUUGGGAUCCCAUGAGGUUUUGCUGACAGCUGCAACAACAAAGGUCAUGAACAGGACAGGGGUGCCCCAGACCAUACAGACCCAGAGCAUUUCCAAUGCCAGCAGCCUCCCCGCCAUGGACAGAACAGCAGCAGAACAGGUUCCUGUUAGUCCUCUGAUGACCAAGGCAGUGGAGAUGGAGCCACCUACACAGAAGGUCCAACUUGGUCCUGGACAGCCCCUGAGCCUGCCAACAUCCCUGCUGCCAAGCCCACUCCCCACUGCCCUUCCCGAGCCCACCAGGCUUAGCACCACUGCCACCCGGCUGCCAGUUCUGCCCCCAGGGGCUCCGGCUGCUUCUGGCCUGUCCACAGUAGCUCACGGUCUGAGAGCCACACCCUUUAUGGAGUCAACUCGGCCCCACCAGCUCCUUUCUGGCCUACCUCCUGACACCAGCCUGCCCCUGGCCAAGGUGGGCACAUCUGCCCCCGUGGCCACACCUGGCCUGAAGGGCUCUGUCUUCACCCCUCCACUGCAGCAACAGGCCACAUCCGCCAUGGCCACAGCCUCAUCUGCUCAGACACUAAGCCCAGUACUGCCCCUCACCCCUGCUGUGUCUGGCCACAUGCACCCACCCAGUCACGCCGCCCCUCAAGCAACAGAAACAGCUCCAGGCCUGCUCCAGGGAGCCACACUGCCGAGCUCUGGAGACGGGGCUGUGGCUGAGGGGGAGGCCUCCAUAGUAUCUAUUGCUCCACAAAGGAGUACCACAGAGAAGAGGACCAUCCUGUCCAAGCAAGUAUCGCUGCCCACCUCAAUGUACGGUUCUGCUCAGGGUGGACCCACAGCGUUCUCAUCUGCUGUGGCCCACACUGUUGCUACCUUGGUGACUGAGGCCCAGGGCCCCUGGGCCAGCACAGUGGCACGCGUGCCCACCUCCUAUCCCCUGAGCCGAGUCUCAGCCAGGACCGCCUCCCGAGAGAGCUCACUGGUUCUGCUCCCUCAGCUGCCUGAGGUCCAUGGAACCUCAGCUGGACCUCAGGUCCCAGCAGAGCCUGUGGGAGAAGCCACCACUGAGCAGUCUGGCCGCUCAGCUCCUGCCCAAAGCAUUGCAGAGGAUUCAGCCACAGAGGCCAAUAUGUCUGCCACGUGUGUCCCAAUUGCCGAGCAGGACUGUGUCCGCCAUAUCUGCCUGGAGGGCCAGUUGAUCCGGGUGAACCAGUCCCAGCACUGUCCCCAGGGCAUCGCACCCCCUCGCUGUGGGGUCCUGGGCCUCGCAGUGAGGGUGGGUGGGGACCGCUGCUGUCCCCUCUGGGAAUGUGCCUGCCGAUGUUCAAUCUUCCCUGACCUCAGUUUUGUGACCUUUGAUGGGAGCCACGCAGCUCUGUUCAAGGAGGCCAUCUACAGCCUUAGCCAGAGCCCGGAUGAGAUGGUCACUGUCCAUGUUCUGGACUGCAAGAGCGCCAACCUGGGGCACCUCAACUGGCCCCCUUUCUGCCUGGUGAUGCUGAAUGUGACUCACCUGACCCAUCAGAUCACCAUUGACCGCUUCAACCGGAAGGUGACUGUGGAUUUGCAGCCUGUGUGGCCUCCUGUGAGCAGGUUCGGGUUCAGAAUUGAGGACACAGGCCACAUGUAUGUGAUCCGGACACCAUCGCACAUCCAGAUCCAGUGGCUCCACAGCUCGGGGCUCAUGAUCCUGGAGGCCAGCAAAGCCAGCGAGUCCCAGGGCCGGGGCUUAUGUGGUAUCUGUGAUGGGGACGCAGCCAAUGACCUCACCCUGGAGGAUGGCUCCGUGGUGGGUGGGAACGAGGACCCUGCUCCCUUUCUGGACAGCUGGCAGCUGCCCAGCUCCCUGACCUCUGUCGGCCAGACCCGCUUCCGCCCGGACAGCUGUGCCACAGCUGACUGCUCGCCCUGCCUGCGCAUGGUGUCCAACCGCACCUUCAGCGCCUGCCACCGCUUUGUCCCCCCGGAGUCCUUCUGCGAGCUGUGGAUCCGAGACACCAAGUAUGUGCAGCAGCCCUGCGUGGCAUUGACUGUGUACGUGGCCAUGUGCCACAAGUUCCACGUGUGCAUUGAGUGGCGGCGCUCCGACUACUGCCCCUUCCUGUGCUCCAGUGACUCCACGUACCAGGCUUGUGUGGCAGCCUGUGAGCCCUCGCAGACGUGCCAGGAUGGGAUGCUGGGCCCGCUGGACCCAGAGCGCUGCCAGGUGCUGGGCGAGGGCUGCGUCUGCUCCGAGGGCACCAUCCUGCACCGGCGCCACUCAGCACUCUGCAUCCCUGAGGAGAAGUGCGCUUGCACUGACAGUACAGGGGUGCCAAGGGCCUUGGGGGAGACCUGGAAUAGCUCCCUCAGCGGCUGCUGCCAGCACCAGUGCCAAGCUCCGGACACCAUCGUCCCCAUGGACAUGGACUGCCCUGGCCCUCGCCUUGAAAGCUGCCCACGCUUUGGGGAGGUGGCCCUGCUCCUGCCCACUGAGGAUCCCUGCUGCCUGGGGACUGUUUGUGUGUGUAACCAGACGCUGUGCGAGGGCCUUGCCCCCACCUGCCGCCCAGGCCACCGGCUCCUCACCCACUUCCAGGAGGACUCCUGCUGCCCCAGUUACAGCUGUGAGUGUGACCCAGAUCUGUGUGAAGCAGAGCAGGUUCCCAGCUGCCGCCAGGACCAGAAGCUGGUCGCAGGCCGCCUGGGGGACUCGUGCUGCACCUCCUACUUCUGUGCCUGCAGUGACUGUCCAGAUCCGAUCCCCGAGUGUCAGGAAGGCGAGGCGCUCACCGUGGACAGGAACACCACAGAGCUUUGCUGCCCUCUGUAUCAGUGCGUGUGUGAGAGCUUCCGCUGCCCACAAGUGGAGUGUGGAUUGGGCACUGCCCUGGUGGAGGUGUGGAGCCCAGACCGCUGCUGCCCCUACAAGUCCUGUGAAUGUGACUGCGACACUAUCCCAGUGCCCCGUUGCCAUCUGUGGGAGAAGUCCCAGCUGGACGAGGAGUUCAUGAGUAGCGUGGAGAAUGUGUGUGGCUGCGCCAAAUACGAGUGCGUGAAGGCGCCCGUGUGUCUGAGCCGAGAGCUGGGGGUGAUGCAACCGGGCCAGACGGUGGUGGAGCUCUCGGCGGACGGCGUGUGCCACACCUCUCGCUGCACCGACGUGCUGGACCCCCUGACCAGCUUCUACCAGAUCAACACCACCUCUGUGCUGUGUGAUGUCCGCUGCGAGGCGAAUCAGGAGUAUGAGCACCCCCGGGACCUGGCGGCCUGCUGUGGCUCCUGCAGAAAUGUAUCCUGUCUCUUCACUUUCCCCAAUGGCACCACCUCCCUCUUCUUGCCUGGGGCAUCCUGGAUCGCAGACUGUGCCCGCCACCACUGCAGCAGCACGCCCCUGGGCGCCGUGCUCGUCCGCUCGCCCAUCAGCUGCCCACCGCUCAAUGAGACUGAGUGUGCCAAGGUUGGGGGCUCAGUGGUGCCAUCCUUGGAAGGAUGCUGCAGGACAUGUAAGGAGGACGGGCGCUCCUGCAAGAAGGUGACCAUCCGCAUGACCAUCCGCAAGAAUGACUGUAGGAGCAACACUCCUGUGAACCUCGUGUCCUGCGAUGGGCGGUGUCCUUCCGCCAGCAUCUACAACUACAACAUCAACACCUAUGCGCGCUUCUGCAAGUGCUGCCGGGAGGUGGGGCUGCAGCGGCGCUCUGUGCAGCUCUUCUGUGCCACCAAUGCCACCUGGGUGCCCUACACCGUGCAGGAGCCCACCGACUGCGCCUGCCAGUGGUCCUGA